AUGGCGAACGAAAGCUCAACCCGUCUUCGCCCGAAGCCUUGGAAGAUGUCUUGUGAACUGCAUCAACCUGAAUGUCGUAUUAAUGCCAAACGGAGGCAGUACAAUGCAAAUCAGCCGACUUCUUCUGGUGAGGUUGACGUGCGAAUCACUUCAUCAUUUACUUCCAUGCGAAAUGAAAGUUUUCACAUCAAUCUUAUCCCAACAGAUUCUUCGAAGCUCCAAUGGCAAGAAUCAUGUGACUUGCUGGCAGAAAGACCAGCGGCAUUCGAAUGCAGCAGCCAAGACUAG